AGUCCGCCAUCGCGCAGCGGACGGAACGAACGCAACCGCGUGCAUUAUCCGCUAAAAAUAUUUUUAUAUUUUUCAAGUUGUGUGACUACAUAAUUAAAAAUACGUGGUGUGUUAUUUUAAAACUACUGUGACUAGACUUCUCAUAAAAAUAGUACAAAGGAUUUUCUUUCCUCGUUCGAUAAUGAAGGGAAUGUGAAAGGCGAGAAAAGGGUUUGCUACUUUUUUCCGGGAUAAACAAAUACAGAAACAUAAGAAAAUGUCGAACACCGUGGAAAAUGGUCUUCACGUUAACGACGAAACUCGAAGUAGAACCAGCGCGACGCUAUGGCAACGGAUAAGCUUGUUCCUGUCCAUUUACUGGAAAUCUAUUAUUGUGGUGCUGACGCCACUCGUACUUCUACCGAUACCAAUAAUGAACAAGGAUCCGGCCUACAAAUGUAUGUACAUAGUAAUCAUAAUGGCAGUAUACUGGGUUUUGGAGCUCCUCCCAUUGCCAGUUACAUCAAUGCUACCUAUUGUACUGUUCCCGACUAUGGGUAUCCUGGAUUCGGACAAGACAUGCGCAGCUUACAUGAAAGAGACCAAUAUGAUGUUUAUGGGAGGACUGAUGAUCGCUGCCGGAGUGCAAUAUUCUAAAUUACCCAAAAGGGUAGCUUUAUGGACAGUGCAAGUAGUCGGCUGCUCACAUAGAAGAUUAAACUUCGGUCUUACGUUCGUAACUAUGUUUAUAUCUAUGUGGGUGUCUAAUGCAGCCGCCACCACCAUGAUGGUGCCGAUCGUGGAGGCCAUAUUGGAAGUAUUAGAACAGCAAGGGCUCGGUGACGUUUAUAUAAACAGGAAAAAGAAUGCACAAGCCGAGAAUGGUAAAGAAGUCAAAUCUAAAGAAGGCGCCUCAGAAGAGAGUACUCCGAUACCUAGUGACAUAACAGUGUGUUACUAUUUGAGCAUCGCGUACGCAUCAACACUCGGCGGCUGCGGCACACUUGUAGGGACUGCCACUAAUUCAGCUUUCAAGGGGAUAUUUGACUCUGAAUUUCCCGAGUACUCAUCGUCAGUAAACUUCUUCUGGUUCAUGGCAUACAGCACGCCCCCCAUGCUGCUGAUGCAGCUGCUCGUAUGGCUAGCACUGCAAGUCACCUUCAUGGGCAUGUUCCGGCCCAAUAGCGAAGCAGCAAAGAAAGUAUCCCUCGCCACAUCCGGUUCUGACACCACAAUGAAAGUCAUUAAGGAGCAGUACAGGAAUUUGGGACCAAUCACAUUCCACGAAAGGUCAUCCGGGUUGCUGUUCAUAUUCGCUGUGUUCCUAUACAUCUUCAGGAAGCCUGGCUUUAUGAACGGUUGGGCUGACGUCAUGACUUCCAUGAAAGUGAAAGACGGUGUGACAUCUAUGUUCAUAGUGGUGCUGAUGUUCAUUAUACCGAUGUCUAUGGACUGUGUUAAGUUCUUCAAAUCGUCUAGCUCCUAUGAGGAAUUGGCUGCAUCUAAACCAUCUACAGGUAUUGUCACAUGGGGUAUAUUGAAGGAUAAAGUACCAUGGGGCCUUCUCUUCUUAUUAGGCGGGGGAUUCGCCCUAGCGGAAGGCAGUAAGGCUACAGGCCUGUCCCGUAAGAUCGGCUCCUCGUUAGAGGGACUGCGAGACUUGCCUCAUCCGCUAGUACUGCUGGUAGUGGUUCUGGUCACACAGUUCAUCACCGAGUUCACGUCUAAUGUCGCCAUCGCUAACCUUAUACUGCCCGUGCUAGCCAACAUGUCUCGCAGUCUACACAUCGACCCUCGUUAUCUGAUGGUGCCCGCUACACUAGCAUGCUCCAUGGCAUUCCAUAUGCCAGUGGGAACUCCACCUAACGCCAUUGUAGCCGGAGUUGCCAACAUACCUACUGCUAGAAUGGCUGUCGGUGGUAUCGGACCGAAAAUAAUCACCACAUUAUUAGUUUGGGGAGCUUACCCAACAUGGGGCUCUUAUAUAUUCAAACCAUUGAGUAAUGCUACUGAAAUCAUAGGGGCUACGAAUGGUACGACUUUAAGCCGCAACCUCACUCUAACAUGCGGCGUAGCAUUAGAAACGCUUAAAAACAGCGGGAGAUUCCAAUGCGGUAUGUCGAAUAGUAUAGCUAAUAGUACCGCUUUAGCAGAUAUAGCUAAAGGUAUGUUCAAAUGUGAUUAUAUUAAGAAGAGGUAAGUUAGCUAUUUAAGUAUAAAUAAUCGGUGCUUAAGUCGACUUUCGACGUUACUGUGAUCUGAGUUCGAUUAGGGGAAUUGGUGAC